ACCAUAUAAAUGAAGUCGACUCUCCUGUGUUGGUUAUGAUUUCAAAAUUUCUUUGUCGAUUUCGUUGUGUAAUAUUUUAAAUUUUAUGAAGCUUUGCCAUGUAGGCCAAGAGAUCAAAUUGAUUUGGAUUCUUAAUAAGCUAUUUAAAAAGGACUGGUUUUUUUGUCAUUUGCGUAAGUGUAGAUUCAGAUGUUUUGCUUUAGAAAUGUCAGUGAUCACUAAAGUUCCAGAGGUUAAUCUGUGGGAACAGAUUUGUAAAGAGUUUGCAUUGUUGAAAGCACCGCCAGAGCUAAAUGAUGAGUCAGGUUCUGUUGCAACACUCUAUGACGACUAUGAUCCUGCCAAGCACAAUCCAGUAUUUUAUGGCAGAAUGUUUGCCAAAGUUACAGCAGAUGUUGAUGUCACAACUGACUUUGAUCCAACUAUUGGCCAUCCAUCUUGCUUAGGCUACACAUUUUCAGAUAAGCCACCAAAGACAGAAAAGCCUUCAACUCCUCCUCCACAAGAUAGAUUUCAAUGUACUCCAACAGAAUAUCUGAAUAGCUUUGUGUUCCCAUGGCUUCUUCCUGCUUUGGGAGCAAUGCUUCAACAAGCCAAACUAGAAAAAUGUUUUGAGAAAGAGGACAUAGAAGAGGAGAGUAGAAAGAGAACAAAAUUUAACGCCUGUGAUUUCUUAACAGAAUACCUAUACCAGCAUAAUCCCAAUAAAGACACAGAGAGCAGAAAGGACACCAAACUCCUAGAUAUACCAUUUGUCAAGCAAUGGUUACAAAAAUAUCCAAGACCACCAUUGCCAAAGUCUCUAAUAUGGAGUGAGGAUGAAGCAGCUAUCAUCAUUCAGUCUAACUGGAGAGGCUACUUGGUUCGCCGUGAACCUGAGAUACAAGAGCUUCGCAUCUGGCAACGAGAGUGGAGAGAAGAGUCUGCUGGAAUAAAGAAACGAGUCUCAGAGUUCUGGGACAAACAGAUGCCAAAUGGUGAUGGAAGUUUCACCAGUAUUUACAACCCAGGGUUCGACUUGGAAAACAGUGAAAUAAUUGUUGAUCCACCUUACCAGGAUUAGAACCAUUCAGUUAACUUGCAGUUGUUAAUUUAUUUAUAUAUAUUCAAAAGGCUGUUUUCUUUGCAUAUUUCAAAAUUGUUUGGAAUAUACUGUUUAUAAAAGAGCAAAUGAGAAGCUAGUGAGUAAGAGUGAAUUGAACAUUUUUAUACAUACAAAUUAACUAAUGUUCACUGGUUACGAGUUACAGACAAUAAUUGUGAUUUGUAUCAGUUUUAUAUCUGAAGUGAAAUCUGAAGUGCUAUAAUAUUAUUCAACUUACAUACAUUUUCAGAUAUCAAAAUGUAACUUUUUAAUUUAAGUGCAAAAAGGGAUAUAAAUAUUCUUAAAAAAACAUGUUGCACUAGUUUAUUUUUACCAGUACAUGAGAAUAAAAUGGAUAAAUGAAUGUGUGAACGUAUGGAGAGCUACAUGAAACUGGUUUUUC